CAACAGUGUAGGAAAUUUUUUCCAUGAAAAAAUUGAAGAACCAGCUGCAGAUCUACUUCUCAGUAUAGAUGAAUACUUCUCAACGCUUGUACUAGGUCUAAGUUUCUGAUCAGGAGCACUAGACUCUCAUUUCAUGACCAAUCGUUUUCACCACCACCUUCCUGAACCACUUCAAAAUGGCGCGUUGGAUCAAUCGCGUGUGCGAUGGAGUCUUCAACUACUUCGGCUUCGGUGCGCAUAAAAACAGCGGACGGCUGCAGUUUUUUCUCUGUUUUCUUAAUUUAUGGCAGGAGUUGUAGUAAUGAUAGCCCAUGAAUCCACUUCAAGUACCUUCUUCCGUCUGUUACGAUCUGCUGCCAUUAAUUAUGAAAAGAAGUUUUUACCAUCCGGAAUUCUCCGUGGUGCCUCGCCCUUCCGUAUCGAUCGCUUUCGGAUCGCCACCUCCCCUUCUAACAGCCGUUUUCCUUUCGAUCUGGCCUAUGUUCUGCUUCCUCGUGUAUGCGACCGACAUCCACAUCGUCUAUUGGCUAGGCACGAUGCCUCAAAACGUUAACCUUAGUGUGCCGAUUUGCCUGUUAUGCCUCAACCUUGGCGUCAACUACUUCCAAUGUUUCACUGUAAGACCAGCAGCUGCGAGAAAAGGAUGCGUCAUGUUGUUUGUGGUAUUGAUUUUGCGUCGACAUGCUUGUUUCUUGUAGUCUGAUCGUAUUGAUUUGUGUCAUGUUCUUGUAGGAGCAGGUAUCCGUUUCGGUUCCUUACAGUAGAUGCGAAACAGGCGUACACCCGAGCACAAUCGCGGCUCUGAGAAAAAUGGAUCCACUGUCUGUAGCAGGCAUGCAAAUCGCAGAUCUUCGCGACAACUCUUCGAUGGUUGAACAAGCUUUCUGCUUAAAACUCUCUAUUCUUCAAACAAACUCGAAGAGUUGUUGCUUGCAGUAACCUAUCUCAAUUCUUCAAAAAAUCCAUGAUGUCUUCGAGUUUUUUUGAGGAAUAGACAUAGAGAGUUUUGAAUCAUCGAAGAGUUGUUGCAGUAGCAUAUCUCAAUUCUUCAAAAAAACUAAAGGCACUCGGUUGUGUCCUCAUUCUCGCGGGAUCCUUUGUCCUUAUGGAGGCUGAACGGGUGGUGAUGAACCUGACCAAGAAAUGCGGACAGGAUCCGCUUACUGCAGCACUACAGGAAACCUGGACAGCUAAGGCUUCCCCUAAGCCAUCUCUAUAGAGCCAUCUCUAUAGAGAUCCCUCAAGUGCAUUCAUAUAGGCCUCCCAAUACAACAAGGGAAGCAAUACAAGGGGGGGCCCGGUCUUCAGGGAAUUCCAACCUUCAAUUUUUUUGGAUUUGGUUGGGGGAUGAAAGGUCUAAGACAGCAUGUAAGGACUUCCUCAAAGCGUGCGAUCCGACGUUUCAGCAGGAUAUCGAGUCGUGUCCCAACUUCGCAACCCAACCGUUCAACCAAGAACCACCGAAGUUACCGGGAGCAGUUGAGGAAGAAGAGGAGGAAGCUGUUAGGGCAUGUGGAGGGUUGAACAUAGUUUAGUGAUGCGGUGCUGAACCUCAUUUAGUGACGCGGUUGUCGUAACUGAGAGUAUCUUCUGGGCAGGGGGUGUACUAUUAUGACAUAAGUAGCUACAUGAUUAGCUACUAGCAUCUGCAUCUGAUGAGUAGCACUACCUGCCAAAACCAACUAUGUGACCUUCUAAUCUCUUCCCAGAAAAGAAGUUGUCGGAGAAAGAGCUCUAUCCAGGGAAGAUUUUUAUCGAUUUUGCAGAAAAAGAACGCUUUUCUGCGAGUGGAGCUGCCUGGCCAUUGCAUCCUAGUCCUAUCCCCAGCUCUUCAUCACGUCCAACUAGUACGAGUUCAUUGUCACGACUAGGAGAAUCAAAACAAAAAAGUAGUAGUAGGAUGUUGAAGGUAGGAGAAAAGCAAAAGUCCUUGUCUCGUUCACAACAGCCAUUGGCGUAUUUGCAGACAUCCUCUACCUCUUCGUGGACAAGACAACCAGGAAUAGAUCGCGAUAGAAAAUGGAGACUACUUUUGAACGAAGAUGGAUACUCCUCGUCACCAUUGCUUCACCAAUCUUCAUCCAGGAGAAAUAGUUUUAGUAGUACUAUCCACGCACCGUCAACGUCACUGCUUCACCUUCCAACACUCGAGGAAAUCGAUAGACGGACAGCUUCUAGCGGGAAGAGAUACCUUGAUGAUGCCGAGACUGCAGGAACACCGGGAGGGGCCGCAACAGCGGGAGGGGAUGCGCAGAGAGUCAGAAAAUUUUAAGGAUCGUUUCAAGAAGAAUUAGAAAUGCAUGGUAAUAUAUAAGUCAUACUCGUAAGCCACAGUCACAUCAACAAGCCUCCAAAGCACCUCUAAAAUCAAGCUUUUACGGUCUCGACAGGAAAGGCUGGCUCUGCCUCUGCGUCUGGUGGUGAAACCGAAGCAACCGCUGCAGUGAACAAAGUCUAUUAUGACUACCUGUCCGAUAGUGAGUACGAGUUUGAAUGUGCCGGUUUUUGCGAACUAUACGCGGACCCGAUCUGGAACAAGAUGGGUGACGGGAAGCAGCGAUGCGCCACAGGCAUCGCAAAAAGGAUAAGACCGGUAUCUUUCACCGUCGGACUUCCGACGUGUAGUGUAGGUGGUUUUUUGCUUUUAGUAGGGGUAAUGCUGGCGGGGUAUGAUCAUUUGUAGAGAAUGAUGUAAGUAAGUUUGAUACGACCUAUGGUUGCUUGCGCGCUUAUUCCAUAUUUAUUCGUCCGAGACUGUUGUUCAAGAAAAAUCACCUGAGUACUAGAAGAUGUAUUGCGCAAAACCUUCUCAAGCACUCACUUAUGUACAGAAUGUAAACCUUAUCUUUUCCUGCACAGUGAUUGCGCCGCUUACCACAAGAAAAUGAACGAAU